AGAGGUGUUUGGUAGAAUCACAAAGGAAAGGAUGGAAGAAAAGGGAAAAGAGAACGGAGUGGCGGCCAUGGCAGCCUGCUACCAGGGAUUUGAUCCUGCAGCAUAUCUGCAGUAUAACUACACGCCACCACGGGCUGAUUUUGAAAGAAAGGACAGCAUUGUGCCGUGGAAACUGGCAUGUCUGCAUAGAGCUUUCACUGAAGGCGAUGUGAGCGGCGAGCUGCUGGUGGACAUCGGUUCGGGUCCCACCCUGUACCAGGUGCUGAGUGGCUGUGAGGUCUUCAACAAGGUGCUGCUCACAGACUUCCUGGAGGUCAACAGGCAGGUGCUGAGGGGCUGGCUGCAGGACGAGGGGGGCGGCAGCCUGGACUGGACGCCGUACCUGCAGCACGUCUGCAAGCUGGAGGGACGACGGCCCUCAGCAUGGACAGAGAAAGCUGCCAAGCUACGUCAGGUCAUCACGGACAUCGUCCCCGUUGACGUGCAUCGGCCUCAGCCUCUGGCCCUCGACGCCCUUCCCUCAGCAGGGGCCGACUGUCUCGUGUCCUGCUUCUGUCUGGAGAGCGUCAGCCCCGACCUGGCGGCCUUCACCAGGGCUCUGGGCCACAUCGGGAGGCUCCUUCGGCCCGGUGGCCACCUCCUGCUCAUCGGAGCCCUGGAGGAGAGUUACUACUUUGGGGGGCCCGGGGUGAAGAUCCCCGUGGUCCCGCUGAACGAGGCCCAGGUCUGUGCUAGUCUGAAGGAGAGCGGCUACACCCUGAUCAGGCUGGAGGUUUACACACUGCCUCAGGACAUGAGGGUGGGGGUCGAUGACGUGACUGGGGUGUUUUUUGCAAAAGCAAUGAAGGAGUAAAAGUCAAGUGGGAGAAAAGAGGGUAGAUAAAGGGUAUUAAAGUUGAAAGUGAGGAAGUAUUCAGAUGACAGUUAUAUUAUAGAGUAAGCCAAGGUAAAUGCAUGAUUUAGCACGGCAGACAAUUAAAAUAAAAUGGGGUUAUUGGUGACGCAAAUAAUAAUACCCACACAUGUUUAUUGUUUUCGCUUUUUGGGGGAUGAGAUGUUGCUUUGAUUGUGAUCCUCGAUCAUUUUGACAUAUAUCCUAACUGAUUCUCAAGGGGAAAAAAUGCAAAGACACAAACGUAAAUGAAUUAUUUCACUUCAUUCCAUCUUAUUGGUCCAGUAAAUGUCUUUUCUGAGGGUGAAUAAGAAGGAAACGUUCCCAUUUGUUGCUCUGUGAUAGAAAUGUAAUUACACAUUGCCUCCUACAGUUGAAAUGCGGCAACUACAGCAUCAAGAAUGUAAUGCUUCCAUUUUUGUUUCAGGCAUAUCACAUAAUGUCAAAACGUAGCACUUACCAAGCUGUUUAUCAAAAGUAUAUUUUGAUAUUCUUCUUUUUUGAUUAUUCAGUUAAAAGGUUGAUGAGUUGCCUGUCAUGUUAAUUUGUGAUAAUGUGAAUAAAGAUGCUAAAACAAUUCAUAUUUCAUGAUGUUUUCUCAUCUCUAGACGAGAGACAGCAUUUAAUUGAUGUUAACUUAUUGUUGAUAUUGAACUAGAUGGGUGGAAGCAGUGUAAAUUUGAUAAUACAGCUAAAGAGAAAUGCUUUCAAAAUUCAUCCAUCAUUGCAUAUCAUUGCAGAUUUUUGCAAUUUGUAUGUUACGUGUACAUCCAAGGCGGUUCACUAAUGGACAAGAACAAAGAUCAUAAAAGUGCAAAAACUUGUUCAGGGUCUUGAUUUAAUAAAAGUCACAACACAUCCACUUUGUCACAUGUCCAAAUUACAUGUCGACUCCAUGUGAAAUGUCAAAUAAAGCGUUUUGUCUUUCUUUUCUUAGAAAAGAAAUAUGAUUAACUUUACAGACAUA